AUGACUGCUCAAGAACAAGCGCCUGAAUCACCGGUAAAGCCUCAACAGGUAUCCACCGAGACUGAGACUAAACGCCAAGUCAAACAUGAAAUUAAAACGGAUGACAUUGAAGUCUCAUCGACAGUCGAUCUAGAAAAACGUUCAACGCCUACAGACCUCGCAGCAGGCACACAGCAAACCGUCUUUCUCACUCUUCGACAAAGAAUUCCUUUAGUGCUGGGUUUAUGUCUCGCGAUUUUCCUAUGCGGUCUCGAUAACACAAUCUCGGCUACAGCGAUGCCGGCUAUAGCAGAGCAAUUUAAUUCGUUAGCAGAUAUCACGUAUAUUGCAACAGCGUUUAUCUUGACGUUUAAUUCGUUUAUUCCUCUUAGUGGAAAAUUGUGCGAUGUUUUUGGACGGAGGCCAGUAAUGCUUGGAGGAAUACUGAUAUUUUUACUCGGAAGUGCCUUGUGUGGAGCUGCUACUAGUAUGAUCAUGUUGAUCGUGUGUAGAGCUGUGCAGGGAGUUGGAGCGAGUGCAAUAUUCGUGUGUACCAUGAUAGUGUUUACUGAUAUUAGUGCCUUGGAAGAUCGAGCUAAAUAUCAAGGUAUCAUCGCGCUCGUUUUCUCAUUCGCAAGUGUAGUCGGACCACUAAUCGGUGGAUUGUUUGUGGAUCAUGUGACAUGGAGAUGGGGUUUCUACAUCAAUCUUCCGGUCGGUGCAGUCUCCCUCGUCAUCGCUGCGAUUCUCUUAAGAACACCCGCACCUAAAGGCUCCAUGAAAUCCAAGCUCGCCCGUAUCGACUAUAUCGGCACGUUUCUCAUUGUUUCCGCAACAACUCUGUUCCUUCUCGGCAUCACCUGGGCAGGAACCAAAUACGCUUGGCGCAGUGCACCGACUAUUUCUCUCUUUAUAAUCGCCGGCCUGCUCUAUAUAGCGCUAGGUUUCUAUGAAGUCUUUUACGCUGUCGAACCGAUCGUGCCACCGCAUCUGUUCAAAAUUCGCACCGCUGUUGCAGUAUACCUUGGCGCCCCCCUCUUCCUAUCAGGAUUCUUUUCGCUCAUGUAUUUCCUCCCUAUAUUCUGGCAGGUUGCCAAACAUACUUCUGCAACUGUAUCUGGCUUGAGACUGCUCCCAAUGCCGGUGGGGUUGGUCGUUUCGUCCUCGUUGGCUACGGUGGCAAUUAUGAAAUUGGGUAGAGUCAAGGAACUUCUUUUGCUCGCGUGUUGUCUGGGUGCUACAGGGCUUGGACUAGUGAGCUUGUUUAAGGUCGACGAUUCGUUGGGAAUGGAGAUUGGAGUGUUGUUUCUCUUUGGAUUGGGGCUUGGGUUGUGUUGGUCACUUUCUGUGGUUGCUGUACAAGCGGCCGUUGAUCUUAAAGAUCUCGCCAUAGCAACAUCGAACGUCAAUUUCUUCCAAAUGUUUGGCGGCGCGGUUGGUGUAGCUAUUUCUGCUACUGUUUUCAACAACAGUCUUGGUUCACGACUUGUAGGCAUUCUUCCCUCCGAUCAAAUAUCGAUUGCUCAAACUUCCAUCUCAUUUGUCAUGUCCCUUGAGCAAUCAAUCAGGGAUCAGGUUAUAAAUGCCUAUGUGGAGUCACUGCGAGUGGUUUGGUAUGUGCAAGCCGGAAUAAUGGUAUUGGCCUUUGUGGCAUACUCAUUUGUAAAGCACUAUCCAGUAAGAGUAGAGGAUUUGAAGAACGCCGGUGGGGCUAUAUAA